AUGAUAAUGCGCCUUUCCAAAGCCCUCAUAGACAUGGAGAUGGCAGAUUAUAGCGCAGCGCUAGACCCGGCGUACACCACUCUGGAGUUUGAGAACAUGCAGGUGCUGGCCAUGGGCAAUGACACGUCUCCAUCAGAAGCAGCCAACCUCAACAGUUCCAACAGCAUCGGGGUGAGCGCGCUCUGCGCCAUCUGCGGGGACCGCGCCACGGGGAAGCACUACGGGGCUUCCAGCUGUGAUGGCUGCAAAGGCUUCUUCAGGAGGAGUGUCCGGAAGAACCACAUGUACUCCUGCAGGUUUAACAGGCAGUGUGUGGUAGACAAAGACAAAAGGAACCAGUGCCGAUACUGCAGGCUUAAGAAGUGCUUCCGGGCAGGAAUGAAGAAGGAAGCUGUACAAAAUGAACGGGACCGAAUCAGCACCCGGAGAUCAAGUUAUGAAGACAGCAGCUUGCCCUCCAUCAAUGUCUUACUGCAGGCAGAAGUCCUGGCACAACAGAUAUCAUCCCCAGUUCCUGUGAUCAAUGGAGACAUCCGAGGGAAGAAGAUUGCCAAUAUCUCUGACGUGUGCGAGUCCAUGAAACAGCAGCUGCUGGUGCUGGUGGAGUGGGCCAAGUACAUCCCUGCCUUCUGUGAGCUGCCCCUGGAUGACCAGGUAGCACUGCUGCGAGCACAUGCAGGAGAACAUCUCUUACUGGGAGCUGCCAAGAGGUCCAUGGUGUUCAAGGAUGUCUUGCUGCUAGGAAAUGACCACAUCAUCCCACGGAACUGCCCUGAGCUGGUGGAGGUGAACCGUGUGGCCAUCCGCAUCCUGGACGAGUUGGUCCUGCCCUUCCAGGAGCUGCAGAUAGAUGACAACGAAUAUGCCUGCUUGAAAGCCAUCAUCUUCUUUGACCCAGAUGCCAAAGGACUGAGUGACCCCUCCAAGAUCAAGCGGAUGCGGUACCAGGUGCAGGUCAGCCUGGAGGACUACAUCAACGACCGGCAGUACGACUCGCGGGGCCGCUUCGGGGAGCUGCUGCUGCUGCUGCCCGUGCUGCAGAGCAUCACCUGGCAGAUGAUAGAACAGAUCCAGUUUGUCAAGCUCUUCGGCAUGGCUAAGAUUGACAACCUGCUCCAGGAGAUGCUGCUGGGAGGCUCAUCAAGUGAAACACCGCACACUCACCACCCCCUGCACCCUCACCUGAUCCAGGAGAACAACCUGGGAACAAAUGUCAUUGUGGCCAACACAAUGCCUCCUCAGAUGCACAACGGGCAGAUGUCUACUCCAGAAACUCCACAGCCAUCUCCACCUGCGGGCUCAGGAGCAGAGCAAUACAAGCUGCUGCCUGGGGCCAUUGCCACUGUGGCAAAACAGCCCACCUCCAUCCCACAACCUGCCAUCACAAAACAGGAGGUCAUCUAGCAAUCUGAAGAGCAGCUGGCCUCGUUUAAAAGACCGUGUUGGAGAAAAGCCCAAACUGACUCUGUCACUGUGAAAAGAAAAGCCAUCCAGAGGUCCUUGGGUGCAAACACACAGACUUGCUUAUUGGACUAGACCACCACUACCAAAAGCUGUCUUCCUGCUGUGGACACCUUGUCCCACGGGCAGCCCUGAGUCCCAGAACUAAGGCUGAAGCCUAACUGAAACCCUCAGUCCCUGUAAGAAGAGCCAGAUUUCCACCUUCCUUUGUAGGGAGGUUGCAGGGACUGGCUGGGGACA